AUGCCCAAAAGAAGGCGAGAUUUCAGCUCCUGUUUCCACGAAAAGGCUCUGGAGCACCCUAAAGUUGAAAUGUCACAUUGCUUCAAUAUGAGAUCGUACGGCUGCAAGUCAUCUAUGCCUUGCGGAGGCGCGAGUGACAGCCAGACCACAGGUCUGGGAAAGCCACCCGUUCCUCACAAGGCGGACUGGCUCGUUGCUCUGUAUUGA